AUGGGUCUGCUAUUGGGCAGUGAUGGGCUCGCCUGGACAACGAAGCUCGGCUGGUUACUUGUCUCGUCGGCCGCAGGAAUUCUUACCGCGCUCAUGGCCGCACUUGUUCCAUAUUCCUGGGCCAGCCAGCGACCGAAGAACUUCCCUCCAGGUCCCAAGCCAGUCCCAUUCCUAGGCAAUCUGAAACUAAUUCCUCCCUCCAAGUCCUUUGCACUGUCAGUUACCCUUCCACCAGUGGACACAGCAGUACGGCCCUAUAAUCGGGCUCAAAUUCGGACCAGCAAACGUCGUGGUGUUGAAUCACUGGAAAGAUGUUCAGGAGUGAGUCAAGGUCCCUAUGCGUUUGGGCUGCUGCUUACGCUGGUCCUUAUCUGGAGGCUCCUCGAGAAGCGGAGCGCAAUCUACUCCUCCCGACCCCCGAACUAUAUCGCCAACGAGCUGAUCUGCAAGAACCAAACGCACAUCCUUUUUACUCCCUAUGGCAGUAGCUGGAAAACCCUCCGCAAGUGUGCUCAAGGUCUCUUCGUGCCUCGUGGGCUCGCGUCCGUGCAUCCUAUCCAACAGGCAGAGGCCACUCAGACGGCAUAUGACAUUCUCCGUGAGCCUGGCCGAUACUACGAACACAUCCAGCGAUAUACCACUGCAGUUAUUCUGGCAUCCGUGUACGGCCAACGGGGCGAGACCUUCGAUUCUCCCAACGUUCAAGCUCUCUAUGACGUCCAGAACCGCUUCACUGCGCUCCUGGAGCCCGGUGCAGCCCCACCAGUCGACGGCAUCACUUUCCUACAGCAUGUGCCCGAGUUUAUGGCCCCGUGGAAGCAGAGGGCAAAGCAGGUACGACGCGACCAACGGGAGAUAUACUUCCGACUAUACAACGCAACCAAAGAGCGAAUGGCGCGAGGGAUUAGAGUAGGCUGUUUCAUGGAGAAACUCAUUGAGGACCAAGCGAAGAACCAAUUAGACGACGAGCACACAACAUACCUUGGCGGAAUCCUCAUGGAGGCUGGCUCUGAUACAACAUCAUCCACUCUCUUGUCGUUUCUCCUCGCCAUGCUUGAGAAUCCAGUUGCGCUGAAGCGUGCCCAGGAAGAUGUCGACAGGGUCUGCGACGUGAAACGAUCGCCCACUAUUUCGGACUUAGACAACCUACCGUAUAUCGAAGCUUGCAUGCACGAGGUACAUACUGAACUUUGUGGUAUCCCACACAUGCUCACUCAAGAAGACUCAUAUAAAGGCUAUGUAUUCCCCGCCGGCACUAUCUUCUUCGCCAAUACUUGGGCUAUCCACCACGAUGAAAACGAAUAUGACGACCCUACGCAAACAUCAUAUGGCUGGGGUGCAGGACGAAGGAUUUGCUCUGGCCAGAAACUGGCAGAGUUUUCGUUGAAAAUCAAUAUUGCAAAGAUGGUCUGGGCGUUUGACAUCGAGCGAGAUACAGCUGCAAGCCCACCCGAUAUGUCUGUUGAGACAGGUUACGAAGGAGGCUUCUUGGUCUGUCCCAAGAAGUUCCCUCUCAAAAUCACACCCAGGAGUGAAAGCCAUGCCGCUACCAUCAAGAGUGAGUUCGAAGGGAUGGAAGGCUUUUACGAGAGGUUUGCUGCUUAG